UGGAUUUAAUUCCCCCAAAUCGCCUUCGGUUUUGGCGCUCUGUUCUGUUCAAAAUUUAUCGCCUUCUUCUCUCUUUCCAAUUGUUCUCUCUCUCUCUCUCUCUCUCCGAGUGGAGAUGCCUCGUCUCUCGUCGCCAUCGCCGUCCCGCACCGAUGCCACCUCUUGUGGCUCUCUGCUUCAAGAGCUGCAGGAUUUAUGGGACGAAAUAGGGGAGAAAGACAUUGAAAGAGACAGGGAAAUACUACAGCUUGAACAAGAAUGUCUUGACCUGUACAGGAAAAAAGUAGACCGAACCAGAAAACAGAAGGCAGAGCUACAUCAGAUGCUGGCUGAGGGUGAAGCUGAAAUAUCUAGUCUUAUAUCCACACUUGGAGAACGAGAAUCGUUUGUCCGGAUAGAGAAAACAAUAGGCUCACUGAAGGAGCAGUUAGCGAGGAUAAAACCAUUGUUGGAGGAUUUAAGUCACAAGAAACAAGAAAGAAUCGCGGAAUUCCAAGAUGUUCAGUCGGAAAUUAUAAUGAUUUGCUCUGAAAUAUCUGGUGACAUACAUCAAAGGAAUUCUCUUUUUGCUCAGGUUGAUGAACGAGACUUAACAAUUAAAAGAUUGGGAGAUCUGAAGUCUCAACUUCUUGAGCUUCAGAAAGAUAAGAAUGUGCGUUUGCAGAAGGUUAAUAUCUACAACAAACAAAUACAUGAUUUAUCACUUGUGUUGUCUAUUGACUUCAAAAAGAUGCUAUGUGAAGUCCAUCCAAGUUUUGGUGAUUCUGCAGUCAGUCAAACAAAAAGCAUAAGCAAUGACACCCUUGCUAGACUAGCUGGAAUUGUUCAUUCGUUAAAUCAAGAAAAAAAUCAAAGGUUGCAAAAGCUUCAAAUUUUGGGGAGUACUCUUAUAGAGUUGUGGAAUCUCAUGGACACACCUAUGAAUGAGCGAGAAAAAUUCGACCACGUAACCUUCUUGAUAUCUUCUUCUGUUGAUUCGGUACAUGCACAGGGGUGCCUUGCGCUUGAUAUAAUUGAGAAGGCUGAGCUUGAAGUUGAAAGAUUGAACGUGUUGAAAGCUGGCAAGAUGAAAGAAAUUGUUCUAAAGAAGCAAAGUGAACUCGACGAAAUUUACAAAAGUGUUCACAUGGAUAUUGAUAUUGAAGGAGCUAGAAGAAUGCUUGUCGACCUCAUAGAUUCUGGGAAAGUAGAUCUAUCUGAACUACUCUCAAGCAUGGAUAAUCAGAUUGCAAAGGCUAAAGAGCAAGCUCUAAGUAGAAAAGACAUUUUGGAAAAGGUUGAUAAAUGGAAAUAUGCAUCGGAGGAGGAAAAUUGGCUUGAUGAUUAUGAGAAGGAUGAAAAUCGCUAUUCUGCUGGGCGAGGAGUUCAUAAGAAUCUUAAACGUGCAGAAAAAGCUCGGAUACUGGUGAACAAAAUACCUGCUCUGGUAGAAAAUUUGACUACAAAAAUAAAAGCCUGGGAGCGAGAAAAUGAAAUUCCAUUUAUGUAUGACAAGAUACGCUUGAUGGAUAACUUGGAAGAGUAUACCAGAUUGACGCAGCAACGGGAAGAGGAGAAACGACGAUCUCGAGAACAAAAAAAGUUACAGGAGCAAUUAGCUACGGAGCAAGAAGCUCUAUUCGGGAGUAAGCCAAGUCCAAUGCGGCACUUUUCAGCCAAGAGACCAUUAGGCCAGAGUUCCAUCACCAACAUGGCUUGCGGAACUCCCAUUCCAGGCAGUCGCCGUGUCUCUACUCCAUAUGGACGCCAUGGUAUAUCAUCUGGCAAGGAGAAGAAAAGUGGAAAAGGAAACACAGUUGCUCCUGUAAACUAUGUUUCGCUUCAAAAGGAUGAUUCUUUGGCUCGCAACAACUCGGUCAUUGUAUCACCUUGAAUGUGUUUCUUAUGACUCGUAACCUUGUUCUGAUGCUGAAAUUUAGCAAGUUAUUGCAGGAUUUGCGACAACAUGAUUGUUAAAAUGGUCACUGUUUUUGUUUGGAGAUUUAAAACUUUUGAACCUUGUACCUUUUUCUAUUCCCUGAUGCAAUUUGACUGUGUGGCAUCUUUUGGUGAUGGUA